AUGGAAUUACCAAUUGUAUAUUAUCCUCGUCCAGAAUAUAUUGAGACAGACACAGGUAAUAAAGUGAGUAGAAAGUCGGUUAUUUGUGGUAGUCAAAAUAUAAUACUUGGUGGCAAGACCAUAAUUCAAACUGAUUGUAUUAUUCGUGGUGACCUGAGACGUACAGGAACUGGACAUGCAGUGGUGGUUGCUAUUGGUAGAUAUUGUCUUUUGACAAAAGGUAGCAUUAUUAGACCGCCAUAUAAAACAUAUAAAGGAGUUUUCAGUUAUUAUCCGAUGAAGAUAGGUGACCAUGUUACAAUUGGUGAAGGUAGUAUAGUGGAAGCAGCUAUCAUUGGUUCAUUUGUACAUAUUG